AUGGAAAUGAAUAGCCUAGAUGGACAGAAAGGCAAAAAGUUGUAUACGGAAGAACAAUCUUCAAGCGAAGAAGCAAAGAUCAUUAUAGCAGAGGAGCCAGAGAUCUUAAGCAAGGCGCACGUUCUCCUGUUAAAUCUAUCAUGGUUUGGGCUCAGUCUUAUGUUUCUGCUGCUGUCUGUGGAAGUGGUCCCUGCCCAGAUUCGGUCGUUGGUUGGAGAGGCCGCCAAGGGACGAUGGCUUGGCGGUAUGGUGGCUGGUGGUGCAGCGGUGACGUUCAUUACAAGUCCUUUAAUCGGCAUGCUGAGUGACCGAUUGACCCUACAAGCUGGUAAACGCAGGCCAGUAAUGAUAGCAGGCACUGUCGCAUUAUGCCUGGGAUUGAUCGGGAUGGCGUUAAGUUCGUCAAAAAUUACAUUACUGAGAGCGGGAGUCGACCUGUCAAAAAACUCCUCUGAUACGUGUGAUCGCGAUCUCGUAGCUCACCGUUGCUUUCCUUACUGGAACAACUCGGACACCAGGGUUUUUAAACAUCAUCACACCAUCCUCAGAGGAUCACAGCCAGCCUCCAUUUUACUCCCAGAGAAAAAAACCUUCAUAUCUGAACUAGAAUCGGAACCGGUCGGCAGUUUACCUAUAUACGUCGUCUUUUAUCUUGUCGUUACCACGGCUUUCGCUGUCAUCACUGUGCCGUACAAUGCUCUCAUCGCCGACAAAUCUCAUCCCUCGCAGAGAGGGUUUAACUCUGGUGUGAUGGGCGCAAUGAUACUGCUGGGCAAUCUGAGCGGUGCUGCAGUGGGAACCUGUUUUACGCAAAUCGGUGUCCUUGGUGCGUACGGAACCGCAAUAGCAGUUGUGAUGGUUAGCGUUUGUUUGACAGUAUUUACUACCUGCGAGAGGCCAGGCAAGGGUGUAUCUGAACCACUCGAUUGUACAAGAAUAUUUACCGCAUUUUGGGAGCCUUUGAAAGAACAUGACUUUCGUUGGGUGUUUAUCACAAGAUUUCUGAUGCAGCAGGGCGUAUCAACAGUUACAGGCUUUCUCGAGUAUUGGUUGUCGGAUAUGAUCCACAUUCCUUUCUGUUGGUCGGAGUCACGCGCAGUUGCAAUGAUGUUGCUGCCUCUACUAUGUGCCGCAUCCUUAAGUUCUAUAAUCUUCGGGGUGAUAUCAGAUCGAUUUGGGAGACGAAAACCUAUGAUUAUCAUUGCAGCUCUGAUUAUGUCUGUUAGCACUUCUACGCUGACCUACAUAAGUGGCUAUAGUGCUUACUUCAUCGCUCUCGUCAUGGCCUUCCUGUUCGGAAUUGGUUUCGGUUCAUUCCAGUCUGUAGACUUCGCACUUGUGAUGGAUGUACUACAGGAUGACACAGAUAAGGCUAACCACAUCGCGGUGUGGCAUCAAGCCUUAGUUCUCCCUAACGCCCUAGCAACGCCUGUUGGUGGCAUCAUCCUGGAUUAUUUUGAGAGUGUUGAUUGCAAAUUUGGUUUGGGAUAUGUAAUAUUAUUUGCAGUAACUGCCGUGUAUUUUCUGUUAAGUGCUAUAUUUGUGAAUAAGAUAAGACGUGCGUCAUAG